GUCCCCACCCCCUCGGCCGCUCCGCUCCCUGGCGUGACUCGGCACUGAGAGUCCCGGAGAAGACGCUGCGGUCGGCACCUCCUGUGUUCAGGCCUUGGCCUUUCCGAACCUCUCCCCUUCCUCUCCCGAGUGUUCUCCUUCAGUUUUGAAGCCGGUGGCGUCGCGGCCGCCCUGCCGGGCUGAGAAUGGUGGGAGUGAAGCCGGUCGGGAGCGACCCAGAUUUCCAGCCGGAGCUGAGCGGCGCGGGCUCCAGACUCGCCGUGGUCAAGUUCACCAUGCGAGGGUGUGGACCGUGUUUAAGGAUUGCCCCAGCAUUCAGUUCUAUGAGUAAUAAGUAUCCACAGGCAGUUUUCUUGGAAGUUGAUGUACAUCAGUGUCAGGGGACAGCUGCCACCAACAAUAUAUCAGCAACACCUACAUUUCUGUUUUUUCGAAACAAAGUGAGAAUUGAUCAAUAUCAAGGAGCAGAUGCUGUUGGAUUAGAAGAAAAGAUCAAGCAGCACUUAGAAAAUGACCCUGGAAGCAAUGAGGACACAGAUAUUCCAAAAGGCUAUAUGGAUUUAAUGCCUUUUAUUAACAAAGCUGGUUGUGAAUGUCUUAAUGAAAGUGAUGAGCAUGGAUUUGACAACUGUUUGAGAAAAGAUACGACCUUCUUGGAAUCUGAUUGUGAUGAACAGCUGCUUAUUACUGUGGCAUUUAAUCAACCUGUUAAGCUUUAUUCAAUGAAAUUUCAAGGGCCAGAUAAUGGUCAGGGUCCUAAAUAUGUAAAAAUUUUUAUCAAUCUGCCCCGAUCUAUGGAUUUUGAAGAAGCAGAAAGAAGUGAACCAACUCAAGCUCUGGAACUAACAGAGGAUGAUAUUAAAGAAGAUGGAAUUGUCCCACUUCGUUAUGUUAAGUUUCAGAAUGUUAACAGUGUAACUAUAUUUGUUCAGUCCAAUCAAGGUGAAGAAGAAACAACAAGAAUUUCGUAUUUUACUUUUAUUGGUACUCCAGUCCAGGCAACAAAUAUGAAUGACUUCAAACGAGUAGUUGGCAAAAAAGGAGAAAGCCACUAAGGUACAAAAGACACUGGAAGACCAUAUUGCAAUCAGAUCUACAGCUCCUGGAUAAUUGCUUGAUUCUCAUCAGAGACUGUCAAUAUUCCAUUCAUUGCCAUUACCAAUAAAUCAUUGCUUUUGUUCGGAUGGUAUCACUAGUGUUUUUGUUGUAAUCUUGAUACAUGCAAUUGUAAAUAAAAGUCACUACUUUUGCCAAGCUUAAUUUUUGUCAUUCUAAAGUAUUUCCUCUUUUCAUUUAUAUGAAAAUUGGCCCACUUCUGAUUUUUGAAGAGUGAAGAGACUUAUGUGUCUGGUAGCAUAUUGAUUGAAAGCCAGUUUUUCUCUUUAGGGGAGCAAGACUGUUUUAGGGAAUUCAGGAGUGCAUGUGCUAUGCUCAUGUACAUACACAGAGCAAGUGAUUUUGAUAAAUGGACUUGGAACAGUUAAGUAUGUUAAAAUGUUAUAUAACUCAUGUUUAUUAAACAUUUGGGUAUCUGGGCUAUAGAAGUUACUCAGAUUAUAACCUACCAGAAAUAAACAAGUUUAAUGAGAUUUAACUGUUUUCACUUAAAACUGUUAAUGGGACCACAGAUUUUAAUCCCUUCUGGAUGACCUUUAAAAAUUUGAGUCAGCCUUUUUCUUUACUGUUGAAACUGACCAUGGGGCAAAAGACACUACUGUGAAUUCAUGUAGCAACAGGACUUAAUAUUUUUAAUCAAGUAUUUAUUAUCUUAGCUACCAAAAGAUGUAGUAUUAAUACACAGAGAACAUGAUUUAAGGUUAAAAAUGAAUUGGCCAAAUAAUAUGUUUGAAAGGUGUUUCACAAAAGGCUAGCAAAACAAAACAUCUGUUCCUUACUACUAUUUUUAAUCUUAAAAAAACUAAUCUAGAAAGUAUUAGUAAAUUUAAUUUUUUAAUUUCUCUUAUUUUUAAAAUUAAAAUUUAAUUUUAAUUUCUCUGAAUAUUAAAAAUUCAGUGUUUGAAAACAGUACAUAGACUAUUAAUUUUGAUUUAGUUAAUACCUUUGAGGGCAUUUUUGUCUAGGAAUAUGGUUGAGAUAGCAUUUUUGCCUUUGGGAAACUAAUGUAUUUAUACACAUUUAUGGAAAAAAUUAUGCGUAAGUUUUUGUGUUAAAAUAGUCAUUUUCUAAAAUACCCAGUGUUUUUACAUGGUGUUUAGUUCUUCUCUAUGUAAGCACACUAACUGGUCUGUGAUGAUGUCUAUAUCCUUAUGUAUGUCAUAGUUAACUUGCCUUGGGUCAACUGGAGGGGGAAGGGCAAGAAAUAAAAGUUCGUAACAUUCCUUAA